UUGUUUUUUCUUUCAGGUGUCCUGAAAAAAUGGCUGAUGAUAUUGAUAUAGAAGCAAUGCUUGAAGCUCCUUACAAGAAGACUUGCCUAACGAUAUCUCACCUCUACUCCCAUGAAUUCACCUUUGAUUCCAGUGUGAACUGUCAAUCAUAAGGGCGAGAUGUGUGACAGAGGUGGCAUCAAGCUCUUACAACCCUUCAACGAAAAUGAGCGAAGAUCUCGGGAAUGGCAUCGGUCACAGGAAUGGAUAGUGGCUGGCUGCUAGCGCGGCCACUGGGGCUUAGGCAGAGAUGUAGCCUUGGUACUGAUCUGAGGGGCACACAAACCUGAAACUUCCUCUUACGUUUUAUAGAAAUAACAUUUAACCACUUGAGUGCUGAAUUCUGCAGGAUAACUUACUCUCUAAACCAUGUAAGGAAGUAUCUACAAUUUAAUAUACACUUUUAAAUGAUGUAAGUUUUGUAUUUCAUAAUUGUAUGACCUAAAUUUAAGCAGCAAAGUGGUUAAACAUGCCUAUUUAAAUUAUCUAAAGCUUUCCACAUUAAACUCUAAACAAGUAAUUUAGUAUUAAAAUUUUUGUUUUGUAUUUUCUUAUUCCUAUUCCCAUUACCCUUUGACCACUUGAAAUGUUUCCGCUUCGUCCUCACGAUGUUCUUCUAUCAACCCUGCUUAGGAUGAGAACAAAUUGAGCAGUGCCAAUGGCCACGAAGAACGCAGCAAGAAGUGAAAAAAAGAGCAAGAGCCGAAGUCGAAGCCAUGACAGAAAGAGGAGCAGAAGCAAGGAGCGCAAACGGAGCCGGGAUCGGGAAAGGAAGAAGAGCAGAAGCCGGGAAAGGAAGCGGAGCAGAAGCAAGGAGCGCAGGCGCAGCCGUUCCAGGAGCAGGGAUCGCAGAUUCAGAGGCCGCUAUAGGAGUCCCUAUUCUGGUCCCAAAUUCAACAUUGCCAUCAGAGGGAAGAUUGGUCUGCCUCACAGCAUCAAAUUAAGCAGACGGCGUUCCAGAAGCAAAAGUCCCUUCAGAAAAGACAAGAGCCCUGUUAGAGAACCUAUUGAUAAUCUUACCCCUGAAGAGAGGGAUGCUCGAACAGUAUUCUGCAUGCAGCUAGCUGCAAGAAUUCGACCAAGAGACCUGGAAGAAUUUUUCUCUACAGUAGGGAAGGUUCGUGAUGUGCGGAUGAUUUCUGAUAGAAAUUCCAGACGUUCAAAGGGAAUUGCUUAUGUCGAAUUCGUUGAUGUUAGUUCAGUGCCUCUGGCAAUAGGACUCACUGGACAGAGAGUCUUGGGUGUACCAAUCAUAGUCCAAGCAUCACAGGCAGAGAAAAACAGAGCAGCAGCAAUGGCAAACAACCUGCAGAAGGGCAGCGCCGGCCCUAUGAGGCUCUAUGUAGGGUCGUUACACUUCAACAUAACUGAAGAUAUGCUUCGAGGGAUCUUUGAGCCGUUCGGCAGGAUUGAAAGUAUUCAGCUGAUGAUGGAUAGUGAAACUGGACGUUCCAAAGGAUAUGGAUUUAUUACGUUCUCAGACUCAGAGUGUGCCAAAAAGGCUUUGGAACAGCUCAAUGGCUUUGAGCUGGCUGGCAGGCCGAUGAAAGUUGGGCAUGUAACUGAGCGCACGGAUGCUUCCAGUGCUAGCUCGUUUUUGGACAGUGAUGAGUUGGAACGAACUGGAAUUGACUUGGGAACAACUGGUCGCCUUCAGUUGAUGGCAAGACUUGCAGAGGGUACUGGGUUGCAGAUUCCCCCGGCUGCACAGCAGGCUCUGCAGAUGAGUGGGUCAUUGGCAUUUGGGGCUGUGGCAGAUCUGCAAACAAGACUCUCUCAGCAGAAUGAAGUUUUGGCUGCAGCUGCUUCUGUACAACCACUUGCAACACAGUGCUUCCAGCUUUCCAACAUGUUUAAUCCUCAAACUGAAGAAGAAGCUGGCUGGGAUACAGAAAUCAAAGAUGACGUGAUUGAGGAAUGUAACAAACACGGAGGAGUUAUCCACAUUUAUGUAGACAAAAACUCAGCUCAGGGCAACGUGUAUGUGAAAUGUCCUUCCAUUGCUGCUGCCAUCGCAGCUGUGAACGCACUGCAUGGGAGAUGGUUUGCAGGUAAAAUGAUCACAGCAGCCUAUGUACCUCUCCCAACGUACCACAGCCUUUUCCCAGACUCCAUGACUGCAACCCAGCUACUGGUUCCCGUUCGACGAUGAAGAUGGAUUUAGUCAGUUUUGUACAUAGUUAUUUUUUGGAGGAAGAUUGAGUUAUCUUUUAUUUAGAUAAAACUAAAGGAAAUGAUUUAAUGUCAUUUUGUGUACACUUCCUGCUACCUUUAAAAUAAAAUGAAGUAAGCAGAAAUGCAGUGUGUUCAUUCUCCCUAACUAGCAUUUCCACUGUAUACAAAGCUGUUGACUUCUUGUUCUGCCUUGUAAUUCUUGUACAUUUACUAAGGUGAUCUGUAGGAACUGAGAAGUAGCUCAUAGAAAACAAAUUCUCUGUAAAAGGCAGAUGGGACAUGAUUCAAUUUUUAAAUGUUUCACGAGCCUUUCUUUUAAUGCAGCAAUUACAAUUUACAUUUCACUAAAUGUAGGUGAUCUGCUCGAGGUUAAUAUCAGAGGUAGAGACUGUGAAGGGACAUAUUUAGUGUUGUGUAUAAAGGGGAACUGGAAAGGCUGCUGAAAGCUGACCUGGCCCGGCGCUCAGUGUGCGCUGUGCUGAAGGAGGGUAAGAAUAGAAGGACUGAAGGGUUUUAUUUCUCGAUGGUAACUUUUGAUUAAUGUUAUCUGUAAAAGUUUCUUUGUAAAUACUGUGUGAGGUGUGUCUACGUUUCCAAACAAAACCAUCUCUGCAUUUCCGGACAGGUUUCUGUGUGUGCAGUGUAGCUGAAGGAUUUCAGCAGAGUCUGAAGACGGGCAGGAAAUACAGAAACAUGUUUUGUUCUGGUUGCAUAUAAUCUUUGCUCUUUUUAAGCUCUGUGAGCUCUGAAAUAUAUUUUUGGGUUACUUCAGUGUGUUUGACAAGACAGCUUGAUAUUUCUAUCAAACAAAGACUUUCAUAUUGCAACAAUCUUUGUAAGAACCACUCAAAUAAAAUUCUCUUAAAAAGGCC